AUGACAACCAAUGAAUACCCCGGAACAAACGACUAUUUGACCAUUCGUAGCUGCGAAAGGCAGCUCGCCGUCAAAACGUCUUCCUCAAAGAAAAGGAAGAUCUCAUCUCGCCAAUCCGCCACUACAGAAGACAACUUUCGCUGCAGUAGUUCUCCUGAUACACCACUACAAUCCUGUGAACCACUCGAAGACACCGACCCAAGUUCUUCCUUCUCGCUCCCGUCCGAACCCCCCAAUACCGCCUUUUACCGUGCCGAUUCCAUCCCUCCGGCCUCGAGUUUACCACCCCGAUUGCAGACUUCCACAAGUUACUUAAACAAUUCUUCCGAAUACGCUUCGUCCGCUGCGAGUUCUCCAUCGGGUGCAUACGCUGAACUCACCAUCCACAGCGAUCGUGGUGCCGACACGCCGGGACCCGAUCCCAGCUCUGCUGCCUCUAGUUUAUACCCUCCCAGAGCCGGUUCACCUUUCACUAAACCCACCCUUCACCGUGGUGUUAUGGGCGGCGCGGCCGAUUUUCCCGAGAGAGCUUCUUCACCGUUGAAACGACGAGCCUCUAGCAUGGAGCCCGAUGUAGUAGAUCAAGAUGCGGCCGAAGAUGUCGAUAUGAUUACCGCACCGACAUCUGAUACGCUAGACGCAUCCAAACCCGAGCAUCUUACUAAAGAAACAGAAGCUAGUUCGGCUCACGCCGCUGACGGCCAAGAUCCUACAAUAGCAGACGAAGGCACGAAUUCGAUGGACAUAUCAUCACCACCAGCCCGUCGACUACCGGCAUCAAUAGAGGCUCAUGUGAAGGCUAUCAGAACAUUCGUGGAGGAGCAAAACAGCCACCCACUUACAGAAGGACAGAGGUGUUUCUUGGUCUCUAAAAAUUGGUUGAAGAAUGUGCCUGACGAUGUGUCUCCGAAACACAUUGUUGAUGACUGGAUUUCAAUACCAGAGGUAGACAACUCGGAUAUCAUCUUGGAGGUUAUAGAUGAUCCUUGCGUUGGUGAUGGCCUGGAUAUCCUUAAGAGGAAGUAUGUUCGUUUGAAGAAGGGUUAUGACACAGAGCAAUUUGAGGCAUUCCCACCAAGCGCCUGGGAAUUGCUUACAGAAUGGCCUGGAUUGAAAGACGGUCAAAUUCCUAUUCUUCGCACCGCUCAUGCUACGAAGGACGACGGGACAAAUAUCAUAUUCGAGUGGCAUCCGCCCGUGCUCAGCAUUUACCGACUCUGGUCUGCAAAUAGUGAGCUACCUAUCGAUGCUGCUAUGAAGAGUAGAAACCCACCACCUGGAAGACUCGUCCGCAGUCGUACGAAAGAAUUCCAGGCCUUCUUAAAACAAGCUAAGAAGGUAGUAGGAAUAGACCUAACGCAGAGGGUUCGAGUCUGGACUGUCUUGAACCCACCGAUUGAACAGAACUCUGACAGCACGAUGCCAAGUCCGCCUGCCUCCGGAGAUGGCUCAGAAUCUACUCCACCUCAGCCAUGGAAACAUCUCCUCUUAGAUGUCGAAUCGUUCUUAGCUCUCGAGAAGGGCUCGGAGAGAGAGUUGAUCGGGUUUGGCGACCUCACUACUGAUAAUUCUAAUUCCGGGUCGCACAAAACGCUAGACUACUUCGCCAUAACACAAGACCAAGCCAUUGUUCUAGAUCCCCACGAAAGCGGCACUACUUGGACUUCUACUCUCGUAACCUCACAGGCUCGAACAUCCGUUGCUUCGUUACCUUCCAGGAAUGGCGCCACCAGUCUAGCCGUCCAGAAUCGCAAUGCCAGAAGCGGUCGCACCAGUCCUUCAGGCCCUCUGACACGUGGCAGGUCGCAGAAAGCUGGUCGAGUUCCUGGGUGUGUCGGGUUAGCUAAUUUGGGCAACACAUGCUAUAUGAAUGCCGCCCUUCAGUGUGUGAGAGCUGUUGAGGAGUUGACCAAGUACUUCCUAUCGGACGAAUGGGAAAGAGAACUCAACAAGGACAACGUUCUUUCGCACAACGGUGAUGUAGCUGCAGCGUACGCAUAUCUACUGAAAGACAUAUACAAAGACACCUCGCCAAGUUCCGUUUCACCCCGCCAAUUCAAGAAUACCAUCGGCCGUUACUCGGUAGGGUUUUCCGGCUAUGGCCAGCAAGACUCCCAGGAGUUUCUUGGUUUCUUGCUAGACGGUUUACAGGAAGAUCUUAGCCGAGUCAAGAAGAAGCCUUAUAUUGAAAAGCCUGAUUCUACCGAUGAGAUGAUCAAUAAUCCUGAUGCUAUUCGCCAAAUGGCCGAGAAGGUAUGGGACAUUACCAAGAAACGCGAUGACUCCGUGAUUGCGGACCUAUUUACUGGCUUGUAUAAGUCAACGCUGGUUUGCCCGGAAUGUCAAAAGGUUAGCAUUACGUUUGACCCAUUCAAUAAUUUAACCCUGCCUCUACCAUUGGAAAAUAAGUGGACUCACACAGUUAAAUUUUUCCCGCUGAACGGUCGACCGAUUAAUAUCAGAGUCGAGCUUGACAAGCACGCCAGCAUCAAAUCUCUCAAAGAAUUCCUGUCUACAAAAACAGGAAUACCAGCUGAGCGCAUCUUCGGUGCCGAAGAAUGGAGAAGCAAGUUCUACAAAAUUUACGCCGACCUUGCCUGUGCAUCUGAGGAGAUUGCUACCAACGACAAUGCCAACUUCUAUGAACUAGAGGCUAAGCCGACUAAUUACGGCUCCAAGCCUCAAAAACAGCAGAAGCUAGGGGUGGCGGUUCGGUCUAUGGUCGACGAAGAGGAGCACAAUGCUUCGGCCCAAUGGGACGACGCGCAAGCCGAGAGACUACUUGUUCCCGUCAUCCAUCGUCGACCUGCGAACGCGAAAACCAGCUUCCAUGCUCCUAAGUGGAAAAAUGCUUGUGUUCCUCACUUCAUCGUAGUGACGCCCGAAGAAGCCCGAAGCGAGGAUGCUAUCUAUCGUAAGAUCCUAGAAAAGGUCGCGACAUUAUCAAAGCACUCCUCCUUCUCUCGAACUGAGGAGUCUGAUAACUCUGACGGUACUGAUCCCGAGAUUGUAAGAGUGGGAGAUUCUGACGCCGGUUCCUCCAAUGAGGGCAGAGUCAUUGCCCAAUCCGUGAAAGGGGAGGACGACAUAGUUGAUAUCCAGAUGAAUGAUGCCAAUGAUACCAAGUCUAGCCCUCCCCCGAAGCAGCAGUUUUGCCACAAGAGACCCUCUUGGGUGGAUCCUGGAAAAUUCCUCCCUUCGGAAUUCCAGAAUCUAUUUGAUAUGUGUAUCUACUCGGAAGCAGGCACCUGGUUACCGACCGGCAAUAAUGGUCUCGCCGAGGAUAAAGACUACCCGAAGCUCUCUCUCAGAGCUCCGCCGGAGUCCCCGUCAUCAGAAGACCAGUUCGAUCAUGCAACCAACGGCACAGCCUCGAACGAGGAGUCUAGUUCUGACGAAGCACCCCACCGAUCUACAGGACAUUCUCUCACACGCAUGACUGACGAAAGUGACGACGACAUCAACUCAGUCACAAAGGUACGGAAUACAAAAAGAAUUCGAAUCAUUUUCUAUAAUGUUAACCCCGAUGAGAGUCGUAAGAGUAGACUAAUGAAUAACCAGCUUGCGCCUCACCGGACCAAGCCGAGUAAACAGACGAAAUCGAAACCCAAGCUAAACUACGGCCAGAAGCCACUCAAGACAUAUAAGAAAGGCAAUAGGAAGAAUAAACGGCAACAGCAACGGCAGCACAAAGAGAGGCAGCAAAAUUUAGAAGCUGAGGAAUCUUUUACUACAAACGAGAUUGGUCCCGACGGUGGCCCCCUAAUCCGUCUAAAGGAAGCGAUCGUAGUUAAUUGGUCUGGCGCCGCAUUCGAUAUGUUUUUCGGAAGCAAUGGCCUUUCUAGCGACAACUCCCUCGAAGCGUGGGAGGGAUGCGAGACCUUACCCGACGCCGACUUAGAUAGGGCUCAGGCUGCCCGGACCAAGCGUAAGAAGCAUGGUAUUUCUCUGGAGGCAUGUCUUGACGAAUUUGAACGAGAAGAAAUCUUGUCCGAACAAGACAUGUGGUACUGUCCCCGCUGCAAAGAACAUCGUCGAGCCAGCAAGAAAUUUGAUCUGUGGAAAACACCAGAUAUCCUAAUCAUCCACCUGAAGAGGUUUAGUUCCAGCGGGUUUCGAAGAGAUAAGCUAGAGCUUUUGGUAGACUUCCCUGUUGAGAAUCUAGACAUCACAUCUCGCGUUCUCCAGAAGGAGGAUGGGAAACUGGAAAUCUACGAUCUCAUAGGAGUCGACAACCAUUGGGGCGGCUUGGGUGGGGGUCACUAUACGGCCUUCGCAAAGAACUUCGUAGACAAUCAAUGGUAUUCAUACAACGAUUCAGCAGUAAACCGUACUUCCGCGGAUAGGAUCGUGGAUUCUUCGGCGUACUUGCUAUUCUACCGUCGACGGUCUGAAAUACCCUUGGGUGGUCCUCGCUUCCAACAGAUCCUGGAUAGAUUUGUAGAAGAUGCCUCUGAUAACGAACUCCCGGAUUCGGGGGAAGGUCAAGGUCUCGACGAAGGCUUCUCCCCGAUUGGGUCGUCGAGCGCCUUACAAGGAGCAGAAGCUACUCCCCCGCACGAUAAUGUCAACGGAACAGGUGGCGAUUUGGCCCACGGAGAGAGCAGGACGAUCGAUAAUGUUAUCGAUCCCAAGCUACGUGGCGUCCAUCGAAGCAUAGAAGAAGACGAAGCUAUCGACCUAACAGAAGAUACAGCACCGUCAGCGAGCUACCAGCCUUUCGGUGGCGGCAAUUCUUGGAGUUUUGACAAUAUCAUGGGCAAUAAGGACAACGCCCCUGUGGAUAGUCCUCUCGAUUCCGAUGCCGCAUCAGACGAAGCGCAGCACAAUUCGUCUGGCGAUGACGAAGGAGUGGUCAGUCCCCAUUUCGAACCAGGCCCCGACCCGGAAUAUCCAGGCAUGUCAUGCUACGAAUUACCGUCCCAACCCGAGGUUAACCCACUGUCGUAUAGUGAAGCUCCUCCCCCCGAGUAUAGCGAGAUGACCCGGGAUGACAUUAACCGAAUUUGGGACGAAAAGCACACAGUCCAUAACGUUCCGCCCGAAGGCGAGGCCGAACAACGAUCCGAAGCCGCCGCGGAAAUUCACAUAGAUGAAGACGACAAGAUCAAACUAAGUUAG